AUGGUCCUGCAGUGGGCGUUUCUCUGUUUCAUCUUCUUCCCACUAGUGUUGGCAGCUGACUACGGUUUGCCCAAAUUUAUCUGCAGCCCUAUGCCGCUGGACAUGGAGCAUGGUUGCCAGUCAGCCAGCCAGCAGCGACGUGAACCUAACAACGGAGCAAAUGGACACUGGGUAGGGACUCUGGAGGAAGCCAAGGAAACCAUCCUACACCUGCGGGAGACGGUGGUGCACCAAAAGGAGAUGAUCCUGGACCAAAGGGAGACAGUGCGAGAGCUGACAGCCAAACUCACCCGCUGCGAAGCCCAUUCCAGGAGGCCAAUUGGGGAACACCAUGGUACCCACCACGAAGAGAACCACCCCCAUGGCCAUCAUGAGGGAGUCCAUCGAGGUCACCAUGAGGGAGUCCAUCGAGGCCACCACGAGGGUGGGCAUCCUCAUGGUCACAGGGGACAUCACGAGGAUGGUCAUCCGGGGCAUCAUGAGAAUCCUCAUCAGGGGCAUCAUGAGAACGCUCACCAGAGCCACCAUGUGGACGGACACCAAGAUCCCCACAAAGGCAUCCAUACCCGGGAGAACGAGUACCAUCAUUCCGGACAACGGGAACACCAUGAACACCAGUUAGGGCACAAGACUCAUGAUGCCUUUCGUAAGGGGGCUGCAGCGGCCAACACCAUGGAGGAUCCACCCAAGGACACCACUGCUGGGGUCCACCAGAUGGAGAGGAUGCUGGAAUCCCUCAAGGAGAGACUGGAGCAUUUGCAGCACAAUCGGAACAGCUCCCUGUUUUCCGCAUCCCUGCGUGAUGCUCUCCAGAAAAAGAUCAGCAUACUGGAACAUCAGAUCCACGCAAAAUCAAACACGUCCGAUCACCGGGAACACAGUGCAUCAACAGUAGCAGGACUUAGACACCCACACAUCUCCCACGGGAACGGUGCUGAGAAAGCAUAUAAAAACAAACUCUUUUCAUUCUACCACAUCUCUGAUUCCUUCCAUCCCCCAGGGCACAAGCUGGAGAAACGCUCCGAAGACUUCCGAGUUGGUUUUCCUCUUCGCACCAACUACAUGUAUGUCAAGGUGAAGAGCACCCUGCCUCAUGAGAUCUUUGCCUUCUCCAUCUGUCUCUGGCUCAAAUCCAGCUCAGCACCGGGAAUGGGCACCCCGUUCUCGUACUCUGUGCCGGGCCAAGCCAAUGAAGUGGUGCUCAUCGAGUGGGGCAAUAACCCCAUGGAACUGCUCAUCAAUGACAAGGCUGCCACAUUGCCACUGGCCAUUAAUGAUGCCAAGUGGCACCACAUCUGUGUGACCUGGUCAACCCGAGAUGGCAUCUGGGAAACAUACCAAGAUGGGGUCCGGAGAGGGAGCGGAGAGAAUCUGGCUCCGUGGCAUCCUGUGAAGCCUGGGGGUGUUUUCGUACUCGGCCAGGAGCAGGACACUCUUGGUGGUCGCUUUGAUGCCACUCAAGCUUUCAUUGGGGAGAUCUCAGAUUUCAACAUGUGGGGCCACAUCUUGACACCAGGGGAGGUUUACAAGAUGGCGACGUGCACUAGCGACCUUGGCGGCGAUCUCAUCAAUUGGACCGAAUCUUCGGUGGAGCUUCACGGAGGAGUGGUCAAGCUCCCUUUCAAUGCCUGCCACUGAUAAGCCACGACAGA